AUGGCGAGCGAACAGGCAAUGAGUUUGUUAAAAAAGAAACGCGGUAUCAUUAAGGGUCAACUGUCUAAGUUCACCACAUUCGUCGAUAGAUUCACGGACGCGGGAAGUGUGACGGAAUUGGUCGCUCGGUUGGAGAAGGCUGAAGCGUUAUGGUCGGAAUUUGAUAAAAUACAGACUGAAAUCGAGCUAGCGGACGAUUCGGAGGCGCAGGCAGGUCAUCGCGACGCGUUUGAAGCGUCAUAUUUUGUAGUGAUAGCUAGGGCUAGAGAGUUAGGACAGAUGAAUCCAGAUGUGCAGCCGCAAACAAAUCACGCGUGUAACAAUUCAAAUCAAAACGUGCAACUACCUACAUUGAAAUUACCGGAGUUUGACGGUGAAUAUAGCAAGUGGAUGCAAUUUAGCGAUACGUUUAGAGCAAUAAUUCAUAACAACGCUAUUUUAACCAUUACACAAAAAUUUUACUAUUUGAGGUCGUGUUUAAGCGGAGAUGCCGCGCGGGCCUUAGACACAUUAGAGGCAUCGGAUGCAAACUACGACAUUGCUUGGAAUAUUUUGAAAGAAAGAUUUGAAAAUAAAAAUAUCAUAAUACACAAUCACGUAAAAGCCUUGUUCGAUUUACCGCAGGUUAUCAAAGAUUCCCACGCGUCUCUGAGGGACCUGUCUGAUAGCAUGUCGCAACAUUUGCGCGCAUUAGAAUCGCUAGGGCAGCCGGUAGAAAGCUGGGACUCGAUAAUAAUUUUUCUGAUUACAACUAAAUUAGAUUUAGCAUCGCGGAAUGAGUGGGAAAAAAUGUCGGUUAAACGCAAGGAGUUACCCAGCAUUGAUAGUUUCAAGAUAUUUUUAAACGAGCGCUGUCAAAUACUUGAAAGAUUAUUCAAAGAUACUAAACAAACGGAUAAACGCAAUUCAAAUAAAGAUUCAAAGAAUACCACAAAGGCGGGUUCGUUAACUCAUUUAGCGGCAAACGUAGCAAAAUGCAUGUUUUGCAAGGGCUCACAUAGCAUAUAUUUUUGUAAAGACUUAUUAAGCUUACCCGUUGACAAGCGAUUAACACAAGUUAGAAAAUUAAAGCUAUGCACGAAUUGUUUGAGAAAUAAUCAUUUCAGCAAGGAUUGCAGAGCAAGCGGCUGCAAAAAAUGCAGCGGCAAACACAAUACCUUAUUGCAUUUUGGCGAUUCAAAGGUUGAGCACGAAACGAAUAAUCAAUCCUCAUCGAAUAUAAACAAGGCAGUAGAUAACGACAAAGCAAGCAUAAAUCAGGAGUCAGCGAUAACUACACAUGCGGUUCAGGCAGCUCAUAAUUCGUAUAUUUUAUUGGCAACAGCGAGAAUUGUUAUAUUUGAUAACAAUGGUAGAUCACAUCCCUGUCGAGCUCUAUUAGACAAUGGUUCUCAAUCUAAUUUUAUCACGAGCAAAUUAGCGCAAAAAUUAGGGCUAGCGAAAACACCCAUAAAGAUUCCGAUUUGCGGAGUUAAUCAAAACAUAACCCAUAUUUCGCACAGAACUGAAGCGUCUAUUAAAUCGUUAUAUAACAAUUAUAAGGCCAAAUUAUCCGUUUUAGUAGUUGACAACAUUACACAGGAUCUACCGAAUAGAUUCUACAACAUCUCCGCGUUAAACAUUCCGGAGGGUCUCUCAUUGGCGGAUCCGCGUUUCAACUAUCCCGAACCAGUAGAUAUGUUGUUAGGUGCUGGUAUAUUCUGGAAGCUCUUGUGCGCGGGACAAAUCUAG